CCUGUCUGCCGAAGUGAAAGGAGUCGAAGGGUGUGGUCUCCUGGCAGUGGGAGGGGCGUCCACGACACACUGAAACUAUGCGAGAGGCUCAAUGCUGUGGUGCCAGUUCACAGCAGCGGUUUCACUCUCAAUCAGUCUCUCUCUCUCGUCUGUUUUUAAAAAGGACAGGCGAGGAACCUGUGGAUCACAGAGUCCAGUGAGUGACUGUCUGAAGGAAGGUGAAAAGAGAUAGCAAAAGGAGACAGAGAGAUUAAAGCCAUGGCAGACACACAGCCGACCUCAGAUCAGACGAAAUGCUGCAAGAAGAACAGCAGUGGUGGGAAAGCCGCUCCAGCCGUGCCUCAGGGGAAGCCUCAGGGGAAGGCUCAGGUGAACGGGCAGACAGGUAAACAAAACGGCUCGGACACCGGGAGCAAAUCGGAGGGGGCGGACACCCAGGAUCCCAACAAGACGGCAUCGGAGUCCAAGACCACCACAGCUGGCGCCACUGAGGAGACCAAGAUCCAGGAGGACCUGAAGCAGUCCGAGGAUCCAAAGAAGCCUCAGGAGGAGUCGAGUGGGGAGACGUCGCAGGUGGAUGCAGAGGAGGUGAAAAAGGAGGUGAAGGAGAAUGGGGAAGGCACAGCAGCAGCAGCAGCAGCAGCAGCAGAGGAGGUGGUGGAGGAGAAGAAGAAGGUGGAGGAGGAGGUGGUGGAGGUCCUGGGGCCGGACGACGUGGUGUGCGACUCGUGCAUCGACAACCCGCGCCGCGCCUCGCGCUCCUGCCUCACCUGCCUGGUGUCGUACUGCGAGGACCACCUGCGGCCGCACCUGGGCAACGCCAAGUUCCAGAACCACCGGCUGGUGGAGCCGCUGCGGGACAUCGAGCGGCGGACGUGCGAGAGCCACAAGUGGCCGCUGGAGCUGUACUGCGUGGCCGACGCCUGCUGCAUGUGCCAGGACUGCGCGGCCGAGGACCACCGGGGGCACAACGCCAUGCCCAUCGAGGAGGCGCGCAAGAAGAUAGAGAAAGAGUUGAACGAUAAGCAAAGCGAGAUGGUCAAGACGGUCAGCACUGCGGAAAACGCCAUCAACAAGCUUCAGGUCAACACCGUCUCCAUCGAGACGUCGGUGAAGGAGGUUCGCGUUGUGAUCGAGGAGCAGUUCUCAGCGCUGCAGGCGGCAGUGGAGCGGGCACAGCGGGAGGUGACGGAGCUGGUGGAGGGCGAGGAGCGCCAAGCUCUGCGCCAGGUGGAGGGCAUCCGGGUGCACCUGGAGCAGCGCUGCACUGACCUCAAGAAGACCCAGGCGCAGGUGGAGAAGAUCUCCCGCAGCAAGAACGACGUGGACUUUCUACAGGAGUACUCAGAAUGGAAGAAAGACGCUCCAGACAUCUCCCUGCCCGGGGUCUCCAUCGGUCUGAUGGAUCGCCUAAACGCCUUCAGCCGUGUCAUCGUCAGCUCAACCCAGGAACUGUGUGACAAGCUUCUCUCCACAUACCUCGACACGCUCAAGGAAACCUGCAAGAACGAUAAGCUCAGCAUUAAAACCACAGUACAGACCAUUGUUGCAGCUAAACACAAUGUGUCCCUUCCUGACCCCAAAACCAGAGAAGAUUUCCUGAAGUACUGCAGUCCUCUGAACCUCGACGGCAACACAGUCCACAAGUUCCUCCGUCUGACAGAGGAGAACCACAAGGUGACCAACACCACCCCCUGGCAGCACAGCUACCCGGACGUCCCGGAGCGCUUCGAGCACUGGCGCCAGGUCCUGACCACCGAGAGCUUCUACAUGGACCGCCACUACUUCGAGGUGGACAUCAGCGGCGAGGGGACGCACGUGGGACUGACCUACAAGAGCAUCGAGCGCAAGGGCGAGGAGAGCAGCUGCUGCAUCACGGGCAACAACUUCUCCUGGUGCCUCCACUGGGACGGACGAAGCUUCUCGGCCUGGCACAACGACACGGAGACCCCGCUCAGCGUCCCGAAGGCCACGCGGAUCGGCGUCUACGUGGACUACCACCGAGGACACCUGGCGUUCUACGGAGUCGACGACGGCAUGUCCCUGAUCCACGAGUACCAGGCCGAGUUCCUGGAGCCACUCUACCCAGCGUUCUGGCUGUCCAAGAAGGAGAACGUGGUGGUGCUGACACCACCAGGGGCCGCCCUGCCAGUCAAGAGCCCCUCUCCGCCUUCGUCUCCACCCACUCUUCACACGGCACCACCCGUGGAACCAUCCUCUGCGGCGCCUCAAUAGGACUCAGCAAUAUAGGACUUCCUGACCGGGUUAACUGUGGUAUUAAGACUAUUAUCCUCAAUGGUAGCCAUGUUUUCAUGGUCAUUCUUAUUCACUCAAACUGUCAUUUCUGGAACAAGAAUCGAGCCAUUGAAGGGCUCAGCUGGGACCUCAUGAACUGUUUUACUGGUUGACAAAGGAGUGGUCCACAGACCGCUCCUCAGUGGUUGCCAUGUUUCAUAGAUAUUCUUACCCAAUCACAGUGGACAUUUUGGAGCAAGAAUCCUUAGGCCAUAAGAUUGAACACUUUCUCAAGAGCCCCUCUUCGCCUUCAUCUCUGCUCACUCUUACUUUGUCUCCGCCCUGCUGGCCACAGUUGGACUCGCUGCAGGGCACUCAUUGGUGAAAAUGUAAAUCGAAAGUGCAACUGAUUUGAGAUCAAGCAUCGGAAACUGGUUCACUAACUUCUACACUAAACCACCUCGACGACACCGAGAUAAUACCAGUUGAGAGGACACGGACAUUGGGUGAUAUUAUGUUGCUCUUCCUCAGAAUAGCAUCCAUUGAAAACUUUUAUGACAAAGCAAAUUCACCGGCAAUGUUUUCUCAUGAACCAGUCUGUUCCUGAUAGGUCAUUAUAGCAUAGCAUUGAGAAAAAUGUCUGAAGAAAAAAAUAUAUUUUUGCAUAUUUUGGGUGUCUAUAAUGGUUUAGGAUCAUCUUGACUCAUCAAAGUUUACUCUAUUCUAUACUAUUGUAUUUUAUACUUAUUUCCUGUUUUUCAGUUUUGUGCCAUGUCUGAUCCACUAACUUGUUGGUGAUAUUUAUUUGUAAGCUGCAGGGAAAGUUGCCUUUUUGUUUACGCACAGCGAUGCACAGAGGGAUUGUUUUACUAUUUUUGGCUUUUUGCAACAAUAAAAAUGAAUUGGCAUACAAUUCAUAUUCUGUAUGAAUACAACAGAGAAUAAACUAAACAGAUUUUUAUAUAGAUUCUUGAUCAGAUGACCCAGUUACCACUGAACUACUGACAGCCUGGUAAAACUGGUUUGCUAAAGGUUGCACAAAUCGUUUGAAUUCUUUUUAAUGCCUUGUGUCAGCAACUGGAAAUGAAACACACGCAAAUGCAUGGUUUCUUGAAUGGUUAGCCUAACGUGUGAAUGGAGAGAGAUAAUUAACAUAUCACUGGCUUUGAACUGACUAAUACGGUUUAUUUCCAAGUCAUUGAUUUGAACUGAAUAAAUGAAAAUGUAAAGUAA